AGUAACUAACCUCAGGCCAAAUCGUGAAUGGUUUAUCAAUGUCAUUAUGAUUUCCAUAAAAGAAGACUGCAGUGUGCUGAUCGUAAUUAAUGGAUUGUAAAUAAAUCCCUUUCUAUACAAAACCAUGUUUUCUUCAAUGUUUUAAAUAGUGUACAAAAAAUGCAAAAUGUGUAAUCCAGACACACUUGCCUUACCUGUUAGUCUAGGUGUUGGACACACCUUUUUCUGCUUUUUUGCACUUCACUUUAUCAUACUGCUUCCUCUGAAACAUUUCAGAAUUUAAGAAAAGAUCAAAUAGCACUGAGAGCUCACGAGGGCAAUGGAGUACCAUUCUGAAGGAUGAUGGAAACACCUGGAUUUUGAUACAACUCUACUUGUAACAAGGAUGGGUGAUUGUAUUUUUGUAUGUGUUCAUGCAUCUGUGGAAUGUAACACUUGAGUUAGUGUAGCAUUUUAGCGACUGUCUGUGUGAGUUUUUGUAUGGACUCAAGUGUGCACAGGACAGGUGCACCCGGCAUCAAUGGCGGAGCUAAAUCCCGUCCCAAACAGUCAAGUCUUGCUGGAAUCAAUGCUUCAAAAAUUACGGGUUAACGCUCAAAGCGACAAUGGCUCACAGACUCAAAUGUCCGUAGAGGUUAAUGCUGAAACAGAUUCAUCAGCAGUUUAUCAGUUUGGAUUUUCAUCCAACAACAGGAGAGAGCAAGAAAGACAUUCCCUUAAUUGGAAUAACAAUGAAAGGACCCAACAAUCAUCUUCUUUUGGGGCUACAUCAACACAAAUUUCAAAUAAUCCAGAUAAAAAGAUCCGGAAACAUGUAUUUUCUCCUAAACCUAAACGUGCGCCAUUAAUAUGGAAGGGUGACAAUCAAUUUCCCAUGGAGAAGAACAUAAUUGGCAAUUCCUGGUUUAGACAAGAAGGGGAAAACAGGGAUGUGCUUCACUCCGGUCUGUCACCUUCAUUCCAAACAGAUCCAUAUCAAACGCCACCUGACCUUUUGGCCCAGAGUUUUCCAGUGACGGAUACACCGGAGAUCAGGGGUCAAAGUGGAAUAUGGACUUGGGGUGCUGGGAAAGAUACUGGAAAACCAACAAAGAAAAGUAAGAAGAAGUGGGGGGACGCAAAAAGGUGGACCCAGAAAAUGAAGGAGCGAUGGAAAGAAAGACACAGAGCCACAGAGACUGAACCAAGAAAUGAUGGAGAAAGACAAGCGCUGAAUGAAGUAAGAAAUGUUUCUUCACUACCUGUGCCCGUUGAUGUGAACAACACAACCACAAAACUUGAACCAAUUGACACAGGAAUGGAUGGCGCCGCCAAUAGCUCACCAAGCUAUAUGAGUGAAAAUCUAUUCUCCCUUAGCACUUCCAAUUUAAUGGAAGAGAUCUUCAGUGGAACUCAAUGGGCUCAGUUUCUCUCAGUUAGCAGCACCACACAGGAUCAACCAAAUGAGUCACUAAGUCAUAUUAACCAAUCUGGUGAAGAAAAAUGGACUGGUACGGGACAUCAUACAGACACGAUAAACUCCCUACAAAUGUCACACCCUGAGAGCUUUACACAGGACGUACCCGUUUAUAGCCGAAAUCACGCAUCUCCGAUCGGUGUCCCUUCAUCUGAUGUUGCAAAUCAGUUACAAACUUCUGUUCUGUAUAGAAACCAUUUACAAAACCCUAAUCUGAGCGAGACUCACAACAUUGAGCAAAUGAACGAACAAUCACAAUUUUCUCACCAAUUCUCAAAUGAGCAUCAUAUGAUGUCUAGUCAGCAGAGUUAUUCCCAAUCACAAGUGUCCGACCUCAACCAUAACCAGGCUCAACCAGGCUUCAUACCUCUCUUGGACCAUUCAUAUCUUAAGCCAAUGGACAGUUUCUCCCUAAACUCACGUGGAUCUCUGCAGCGUAAAAGGGAGCACUGGACAAACAGAAGGGAUCAGUUUAAAUAUAGGGAGGAUGAGGAGUACAGCAGUUCAUCCUCAUCAUCUCUUAGCAAUCCGCAGUACUCUGAAGACUCUGAAUCAUCCAUAUCUGUGGAGAUAGCAUUUAAAAAGAGGAAGAUGGAUGAUUCCCGUCACGUUCGAUUCGCUGAGGAAGUGAUCAUGUUACCACCUGCCAUCUGGCCAGAGGAUGAUGAAGAGGAGGAGGUGGUGGUGGAGGAGGUGAAAGAGGAGGAAAAAAAGGAGGAGAAAAAGGAGGAGGUUUGGCCACAGGAUCCUCCUUCACGCUCCUCUUUUCCAAAGUGGAUUGUGUCUUUAAAAGGCAGAAGGACAAAAUACAAAUUUUAAAUGGAUUUUGCUUCAGGCCCAAAACCUGAAAUUCUGGAGUUGUUUACUAUUCAAACACAUAUUUGCAGGGCAUAUAUUUAAAUUGUUACUCUAAAAAUAUAUUGUAAAUAGAAAGUUAUCAUUGCUUGUAAAUGAAUUGAUUCAUUUAUGUUAUGUAGUACCUUUUCUUGCCACCGUCAUGUAUGUUUUAAUUUGCUGGAUAAAAUAUUAAAUUCAGUUUAAAUCAUAUUAAUUUGAUCAAAAUUACACAAUAUACUAGUUCAGGUUAGGCCAAUCUCACAGGGCUAAUUCGUAUGAAUUCGUACGACCAGGUAAGUUAGGGGUGGGGUCAUGAUUGUGUUUUUCUAACAAUUGUACGUUUUUGGCAAUUCACUUCAUACAAAUAUUAAUGAGCCAAGUUGUAAAAUAUGUAUGAAUUUGUAUGAGAUCAGGUUGGUUAGACAAAAACCAGUAAACCAGUCAGAUAAAUAUUUAUUAUUUCACU